UCCAAAGUUGAACAAACAUUUUCUCAUGGAAUUCUUUUACAGUUUCUUUGUAGUGCUCUUGUUAUCUGUUUUUCUGGUUUCAUGAUGCUUAUUGUCCCAGUAUUUACAUUCCAAUUUGCUAAUACAAUUAUGUAUUUCUGUUGUAUGAUGAUACAACUUGGAAUGUAUUGUUGGUACGGACACGAAAUUAUAACCACAAGCGAUGAAAUCGGACAGUACUUCGGUCUGGCAAAUUGGUACGACUCGAGCUUGGAAAUGCGCAAAGAUUUUGCAAUAUUUUUAGAAAGAGCAAAAAGACCCAUUACUUUAACCGCUGGAGGCUUUGUUGUUCUGUCUUUGACAACAUUUACUCGAAUUUUGCGUUCGGCUUACUCUUAUUUCGCAGUGUUGGAACAUUUGUACAAAAAACUUGUUAUAACGAUUAUUGCUUCACUCAUAACAAUAGCCCAAUUUCUGUCAAUGGUAAUGCAGAUUAUAAUCGCAGGAAACGAUUUAACAGUUUUAUCAGAAACGUUGCUUUUUUUUAUGACACACCUGACUUAUAUGUGCAAAUUGGUAAAUCUGUUGUUUUACAAAACCAAUUUGCUACAUAUUGAAGAUUUGUUAACACGUCCAAAAUUUUACGGGUUUUCACAAAACGAGCUGAAGAACUUAAAAGAGGGAAUUGAAUCGACGAAAACGGUUGCAAAACUCUUUAGGAUUUUUUGUGCAUUGGCUUGUAUUGCAUAUGGUUUGGUUCCGUAUUUAGACAACACUAAAGCUAUGGCUUUGCCACUACCAGGAUGGUUACCUUAUGAUACAACUAAAUAUUAUUAUCAGACUUGUGUAUUUCAAAUGGUUGCUGUUUCCAUUACUGCUUCUAUUAAUUCCACAAUUGAUAUUUUGACCUGGAAGUUAAUAACAAUAGCAGCUGUUCAGUUUGACAUUUUGAAAAGAAAACUCAGAAAUCUCGAUUUUAAUCUUGAAGCAAAAUUACUUCAGAUUCAAUUUAAAAAUUGCGUAAAACAUCACAAAGAGAUCGUCAAUUACAUUAAAACGGUGGAACAAACUUUUUCCAAAGGGAUUUUUUUUCAAUUUUUUGCGAGUGUUAUCAUCAUUUGUUUUACGGGAUUCUUAAUUAUAAUUACUCCUGUUCUUAGUAUGCAAUUUUUGUAUUUAAUACUAUACUUUACGUGUAUGUUAUCACAAGUGGCUAUAUAUUGUUGGUAUGGCCAUUACGUUAUGACAACAAGCAAAGAAAUCGGACAAGAUUUUUACAUGUCCAAUUGGUAUGAAUCUGAUGUGGCAAUUAGAAAAGAUUUGAUUAUUUUUAUGGAAAGAGUCAAAAAGCCUAUAAUGUUUACAGCUGGGAAUUUUAUCACUCUUUCUUUAAUAACUCUAACCAUCAUCCUGAGAUCAUCAUAUUCUUAUGUUGCUGUACUUCAACAUUUGUAUAACAAAUCUUAA